AUGCAUUCCGCAAUUAAGGCUACUCCAGAGUUUAUUGCCGGUGCUACAGAAGUUGCCAUAGGUUUUAGCUCAUUAGAAAUUACAAAAGCUAGCCUUGGGGCUGUAGGAACCGUAGGAGAAGCCAUAAAACCAUUUAUACCAUUAAUUGCGGCUGUUACAUCAAUAAUUGGAGAAGUUGUAAAAAUCUAUGAAAAUGUUGAAUAUAACAAAAAAAUUUGUAAUGCGUUGAUGGAUAGAGUUCAAAUAGCUGAUGGUGCUAUUAAAAUUUUAAAUAGAAGGAAACAAGAAAAUGAAAAAAAUUUCCGUAAUGAAGAAUAUUAUAAAGCUUUUGUAAAAUUUACUGACGUCAUGACAAGAAUUAAAGAUUUUAUUAAGGAUGUCUCCCAGUUACAGGGUUACAAAAAAUACUUACAUGCCAGUUCUAUUAAAGAUAAGUUUAGUAAUUUAGUUAACGAUUUUGAGAUCGUUAUGAAAGAUUUGAAUUUCACAAUGACAAUUGCCAAUGAAGAACAGCGUAAAAUUGACCAACAAGCUCUUACUGAAGAUAUAGCCGAAAUGACCAGGUUCUUGGAAAAGAUUGAAGGUGGUAUUACUUGUGGUAAUAACCAAAUUAAUACAGUUCUCCAAGAAGUUAUAUUAAUUAAGAAUCAAAUAGAAAGUAUUCAUGACAUUAAAAAAAGUAAUCUACCAAUACCUGAGUCGAUUAAAGCAAACAAAAUAGAACCAAAUGAGCUUACUGAUCCCCUUGGAGGGAAGAAAUCUGAUCGUCGUGGGAAAGGGGAACCUUAUACUUAUAGGAAAUCCUUAAAACAGAGUAUAGACGUAGCUUGUAUUCCGACUACAUUACCAGAUGAUAAUUCCCAGAAAACUCAAAAGAUUCAAGCUCAACUAACUAUUUUAGGAAAACUUCGAGAUUCUCCAAAUAUUUUGAAAUUUUAUGGACUCUCUUAUAUCGAUAAUCGCCUGGUCAAAGUAUUUGAAUGGGCCGAAUUUGGAACUCUACGCGAAGUUUAUAACGAAUACGAUAUUUCUUGGACCGCAAAGGUGACCAUUGCUCUUGAUAUUUGUCGUGGUAUCACCUUUUUACAUUCCUGUUCCAUCCUUCAUCACGAUAUCCGUUGUGAAAACAUUAUGGUAACCGCACGUUUGGAACCUAAAAUUACAAACUUUGAAUAUGCACGUCUUACAACCGAUAGUACCUCUAAUCUUACUAAUAUAACUGAAAUUGUGCAUUGGCUUGCUCCCGAGAAAUUGAGAAACGCUAAUACACAAUCAUAUAACAUGAAAUGCGAAGUUUUCAGUUUUGGUAUGCUUCUUUGGGAAUUGGCAUUUGAAAAAAUUCCCUAUGAGCGUUGGGAAAUGGCUAAAAUAAAAGAAUAUGUUUUGUCUAACAAAAGAGAAAAGAUUACUUUUGGUAAAGCAACUCCUGAGAUUAAAAACCUCCAAAAAAUUUAUGCGAAAAUUAUUGUUUCUGCUUGGCAAGAUGAUCCACAAAUCCGAGCUUCAUUACAGCAGAUUUUCUUGGAGUUACAUGAUUUGUAUACAACAUAUUGCUCUUCAGGGUACAAUACUUCACCUGCUCUUAAACCUGAUAAAACUUUAGAUUUGGAUGGAUCUAGAGCGAUUUCGGUUAGUGAUGAAGGAGGGUUCGAUUUGCCAGAUCUGGAUAUGGAAUUCUCUAUUGAUGCAAUACAAGAAAUCAUACCACUCGAAGAAGGUAUUGCAGCUCAUAAGAGAAAAGAGACGGAAGUAGCAUGGGAAUGUUUUAAUGCACACGCAGAGUUAGAUAAUACAACAGCCAAGUAUUGGAAAGGAUAUUAUUUAUGGGAAGGUUAUGCUGGUCAAAAAGAUCGGGUUGAAGCAUCAAAAUUAUUUCAAGCAGCAGCUGAUGACGGAUUGGCAGAUGCACAAUUACGAUAUGCAUUUAGUUUAGUUGGAAAUCCUGGAACUAAAUUUAAUAAGAACGUAUUUAUUGAAUAUCUUACAAAAGCUGCAGAUAAUAAUAAUAGUACGGCUCAAUUUAAUCUAGGCGAUUUAUAUAUUCAUGGAAAAUUGGGUGUACCCAAAGAUGAGCUAUUGGGCAAGAAAUAUUUAAAGUUAGCUGCACUAUCUAAUCAGCCUAAAGCCAUUGAAAUCUUACAAAAAUUGAACAUUAAUAUUUAUAAUGAUGAUUAG